AUGUCUCGAGAGGCUUCCUCUGAGCUUUCCGCUUCCGAAGUGCUAAACGAGGUUGCGCCUACCAGUACUGCACCCAAAGGCAAUGAAUCUUCUCAGCCAGUUCACAAUGUCUUGAACACCUGUCAAACAGACAGCGAAUCAGUGUCUGGUGAGGGCGCCAAAACUAAUGGAGCCAUUGAGCACCCUGAAGCUCCCAAGCCGGUUGAAAGUAUGCAAACGACCGAUGCAUCGGCCUCAGACGAUCCUCUUGGCGCCUCAGUCGCGGCUUCUGAACCUGCAGGUGCGGAGACUACUGAGGUGAAGCCAGAUACUGCUAGUAGCAUUGCGGAACCUACCAAGCCUGCGCAAGGCGAUUCUCUUGAGACCAAGCCCGCGGCAGAGCCACCCAAGCCCGCGGCACAGCCAUCCAAGCCCGUCGACGAGGUCAGCACUGCCGCCGCGCAAAGUCCAAAGACAGGCGAGAAACGUGAUCUCGAAGUGACAGAUACUCCGUUGGCUGGGGGCGAAUCUUCAACAAAAGUCAACUCUGGUGUGGAACAAGGCGAGGAGCAUGACAGCAAGAAACAAAAGACUGAACAUAAGACCAACAACGGGACCAAUGGCGCAAGCAACAUUACCGGCGCUACCGAGGCGCCAGACAAGGCAAAGGAUAGCAGUUCCUCCAAGAAAGAGAAGGUCAAAGAGGCCGUUAAGAAAGUCUUGCCGACUGAUGGACCUGGUACCCGCACGCGUAGCCGCACGAAGGACUCUUGA